AACAUGGGCCGCACUCUACCAAAAAAGAUAGGCCGAACUCCUUACCGAAGAUGGACCGUGCUGGGCCAUGCAAUUUCGUGGCGGAGUUGGAAGAUGAUGUCUCUUCCGCACGCACCCGGCCUCGGCGAAUCCAACGCGACGAGCAGCAGGGCGCAGGCCGAGCACGCCGCCGCCGGCUCCCUCCCUACCGCCACCUCCCCCCUCUUUUCUCCGCCGGAUCCUCCAACCGCCGUUCCCACCUCGGUGUAGCGGUGGUGCGGCAGGAGUCGAUUGGAGUGGAGAUCCCUCCGGUCGUGGAUUGAUUUCGUCCUUUGUUCUUCUCGGCGCAACAGGUGAGGGCGCGGGUUUUUGUUCAAAAUUCCUGCCGCAUGGACAACGUCGAGUCCGCCCCUGACUCCCCGGUGCAGGCGCCGCCGUCCUCCGCCUCGUCUCUCCCUAAGGAGCAAUCGCAGGUGGAGUUGGAGCUGAGGCUUCUCCAGGCUCUCGAGUUCUAUCCUCCGUCCAAACUCAAAGGUGUUCAUCGUCACUUUGUUCUCUAUGGCCUCAUGGAAUAUUUGAGAAAAAGCCUUGAUCGUCAAUUCUCUUCUGAUGAGGUUUUGCAACUAUUGGAUCGUUUCUUUAACCUAGAAAUGCUGAAACCAGAGGACGAUGAAAAGGACAACUUCAGUCAAGGGGAAGAAUUUUCCUUGCCAGAGAGCUUUCUCAACAAGGAAGAAUAAUAGCAAGUAGCUCAUAACAUGCUUCACAAUGUCAUCGAAGGUGCUUUGAGUGUCCUCUGGAAAAGAAAUCAGGGAGCUGGUUCUUAGUGACUCCCACUUCCUAGUAGUUGUCGUCUAGGCCAUCCGUUGGUAGUAGGCAUGGGCACUGAAGGAACACUCAACACAUUGCUCAGUUGUGUUCGUGUUUACUGACUUGUACAGAUUUUGUUGACUCUUGGAUAUCCAAUCAUUGGGUUGCGCGGUUGCUUCCACUAAGCUAAGCAUUAGCCUUGCCUUCUAACACAGGCAGAAAAGCAACGCCUCCAUAUUUCUAGUUACAAGGAUUUUGCAAUGCACAUUUUAUUUGUUUCAACUAUGUUGUGGGAUGCUUAUUUUAGUCAUUGAUGAUGGGCA